AUGGAGGUCCAGAUCCCUUCUCCGUCUGUUUUCUUGAGAAAGUCUCCUGUCAUUCCCCCCGCGCCGGUGGGCCAGUCGAAGAAGUCGGCCAUCGCAAAGCAGAAGACUUAUCCUCCUCCCAAGGCACUAAACAAAUCAGUUCAAGAUGGGGCGGUGACGAAACCGAAGCAAAGCAAGAGUCGAAAUGGUUGUAUGACAUGCAAGAAGAAACGCUUAAAAUGCGACGAGACAAAACCCUCUUGUGCCCAAUGUCAGAAGAGAAGUGUGGUAUGCGAAGGCUACAAGAAGGACUACAAGUGGAGGACGUUUGAGGAGACCACGUUUGCCUCCCGACCUGUCGCCAAGAGGAAAGCAUUUCGCUCCAACUCCUUGUCACCGACUCAGAAUGUCGCCAGGCCUCUUGAUAUCGCUGGUGGUGGGAGACCGGAUGCCAGUCAGAUGGGCGUUGAAGCCGCUCAACCUGCGCAGACAUGGUCCCCAGGCCUUCAUUCUGCCUUCGAGACUGCCGCUCACGCGUUUCGGGACAAGGUCGAUGGUCUCCCUCAUCCUCAUCUUGAGGGAUUCUUGUCUAGCCGAGAGCAGCAGGGCGAGAUGCGGUUGGACGAGGACCAUUCGCCGCCUCUCAAUCUCACUACUCCGGACUCAAUCUUCAUACCUGCUUUCGAGACGGAAGGCAUGUCCCCGGAUCUGACCUUUGGCGACUCGGUUGAUCCUUAUAACCUAAGCACAACAACCACUAGCUCUUCUGUCAACGACAGCAACAGUGCUAGGUCCUUCUCCUCCGGCUCCCCGCCACUUUUGGAGAUGAUGGUUUCCACUGGAUCGGACAUGAAUCAGCUGUCUGAUCCCAGCGAGCUCCAGCCACCAAUGUCUCUCGAUGUCAACAUACCUAUGGAAGAUGACUUUGACAAAGAGAUUAUCAGGUCGGAUGCCAUCGCCACCUCUGCAGCGAUGUCCGGUAUGCAACUUCCCACGCCUUCGUCGAUGCUCGACCUUACCCCAUUUCAAGCUUUCCGCGCAUCUUCUCCCACUCCUAGCGAGACGUCCACAGCAUCUUCCAAGUCCAGCGACAUGACCAUCCUCGCCCAACCCUCUCUUGACGCCUCCUCGCCGGAGAUGCUCAUGCUCCGUUUCGACAAGCAAACCUGCGGCAUCUUGUCCGUCAAGGACGGCCCGACCGAAAACCCCUGGCGGACGCUGAUCUGGCCCCUGGCUCGAGAAUCCCCCGCUCUGUACCACGCCAUCUCAUCCAUGACCGCAUUCCACGGUGCCCAUGAGAUUCCGAGACUGAAUGUGCCAGGGAUGGCACACAUGACAAAGGCCAUUAAACGCCUUGCUUUUGAGAUCGAGAACAUGCGGCUCGACUCGGCACUGGCCACUUCAUUGGCACUCGCGUUCAGCGAGGGUUGGGAUCGACAUGUAAGCACCGGCGUCCAGCAUCUUCGCGGUGCAAAAGUCAUGGUCAACAACGCCCUCAUCAGGCACCGGCGGGACAUGCAACUGGGGCAGAUGACCACCCAAGAUGCCAAUCGACUCAAGUUUCUUUGCAACACCUUUGUGUACAUGGAUGUGAUUGCUCGCUUGACGUCACUGGAAGAGGCGCCCGACCUGAAUUUCGAGGACAUCCUCAGCACCGUCAACGCUCCCUUCGGAGAUCAGGUCGAGGUCGACCCGCUAAUGGGCUGUGCCACCACCUUGUUCCCGCUGAUAGGCCGCGUCGCAAAUCUCAUACAACGAGUGCGCAAGACCGAGUCCAAUUCUCUCACCAUUAUCUCCACCGCCCUGGAGUUGAAAGAGCGACUUCAGCAAUGGCAAGUGCCCAGCGCUUUGGUCUUCGAGCGGCCAGAGGAUCCGAAUUCAGAAGUCCAGCACUCAAUUCAAACGGCCGAAGCUUACAGAUACGCUACGCUGCUCUAUCUACACCAAGCUGUGCCAGAAAUUCCCAGCGACCCAGCAGCAUCGCUGGCCAAGAAAGUCCUGGUGACCUUGGCGUCCGUGCCCCUUUCUUCAAGAGCAACCAUCGUCCAUAUCUUCCCUCUUUUUGCAGCAAGCUGCGAAGUUACCGACCCCGAUGAUAGGACUUGGGUGAUGCAGCGUUGGCAAGCGAUGAUCAGACGUCUUAAAAUUGGAAAUGUGAACUCGUGCUGGAAUGUUGUCCAAGAAGUUUGGGCUCGUAGGGAUGCGUACGAGGAUGAAAAGUCGAACAGAUUGCUCAGGCAAUACGCGAGUCGUGGAGUGCCAGGGGGAAGCUUCGUUCCUCCAGUUCUAGACAUGCCGCCGGCAUUGAAGAGAAAGGCCCACACGGUGGAUAGUCUGGGCUUGGGGGACAACCGGCCUUUCAGUCAUGGUCAACACCAAGCUCAGGGCCUGCCGGGCGGCGGAUCAGAAGAAGCUGAUGUCACAGGCCGGCCGAUCAAACGUCGCCUAACGCUAGACUCGGUUGCAAGCGGGAGCGGCAUGUCAGCGGCAAUGCCACCUCCCCCAAUCUCCCUCCCUCGGCGACAUACGAGCGACAUCAUGUCAGCGGACCAACUGGAACCUGAAUACACCGUGCGAGGGCAAUUGCACUGGUCGGGCGUUAUGGCCGACUGGCAGUGGGAAGGUAUGUUCCAAUCUCCUCGAAUUACCUUGUUGUGA